CGGAGACGACAGCGGCAGCGGCAGUGGCAGUGGCAGCUAACUCAGAUGCUGGCCAAGUCAGAACUUAGAAUUCAGUUGCAUUGUAGACGUCGCGACGGCAGCACACGCGUCGCUAUCCCACAGAGAAAACCUCUGAGUAACAGUAAAAUCACGCAUAGAACGCCCAGAUAAAUAGAUAUGUAUAUUUGAGAACAGCCAGCCACUCGAGAAAUAUAAAAUAAAAACAAACGCGAUCCGCGCACCAUUGCCCCAAAAAAACCACAAGAUAAAAGUGCUUCAAAUGUUUCAAAUAAUCGCAGAAUAAACCCCAAGGUCCACAAAUGGCCGACACACGUGUGUGCUUCUCACCAAAAACAUCAACGGAAUAAAAUCGAAAAGAACCCAAAACCAGUCUAAAACAAUCUAUUCAAAAAAAAGAAAUUCAAAUUCAAAAAGAUAAAGCCAAGUGUUAGAACACAAUAAGCAUUCCAAAUGUUGUCCUGUUUGGCGCCGUCGUCUUCACGUUUCGGCCAAGAGGAUACCAUCAUUCAGCAGAGCAUGCCAUCCACAGCCUUCACCAUGCAGUUUCCCUCGCUGGCCUCCAGUCUGCACCACCACAGCCACAACCAGUCGCCGCACCACAGCAAGCCCGGACCCCAGGAUGGCCAGCACGUGCAACCAGGUGCCGCAGCCGAUGAUUUUCUGGUCAAGUGCACCCAGUGCCACAAGCGAUUCACAGACUUUCAGUCUCUGAGUGAACAUAUUGCCAGCGAGCAUCCCCACGACAAGUUGAAUUUGGGAGCAGCGCAACCGGAAAGCGAACCGGAAGAUGAGCAGAGCAACUUGAGCAGCGGAAGUCGGCGAUACUUGAAGUCGCCAACCACCAGUAUUGGUAAUACAAAUGCCAACGGCAACACCAGUAUUGCCAACUCCAGCAAUAACAACAACAACAGUGAUCUGGCCAAGAACCACAACAACACCAACAAGCUGUCGCCAAUGUGCUCCCCCAUUUCCAGUGUAGGAAUGGGCGGGGUGGGAGCAGGUCCACCCAGCGAUAUCUUCGCCCACCUCUCCCAUGCCACGCCCGCCCACCUGCAAGCCCAGUUCAUGGCCGCCGCCGCCCUGGCAAUGCAAUCCGCCCGCUCCGCCAGCUCCAGUUCGCCGAGCCACCAGCACCAGCACCAGCAGCAGCAGCAGUCGCAACAGCAACUGCAAUACCACCAACAGCAGCAGCAGCAACAGCAACACCAGCCGCCCCUGUUGCCGCCCCAGCUACCAGGUAGCAACAGCAGCGUGGGCAGCAACUCCGCCUACGAUCUGGAUCUGAGUGCACCACGAUCCACCUCCAGUCCCGGCUCCACCACCGGAGACCUCAGCGGGGCAUAUCCCUGUAUGCAGUGCACCGCCGCCUUUGCCUCCAGGGAGCAGCUGGAGCAGCACGAACUCCUCCACUCGCCCUGCGGACAGCCAUCCACCCAGAAUGUCUCACAGACCUGCCGUAUCUGCCACAAGGCCUUCGCAAAUGUCUACCGACUCCAGAGGCACAUGAUCAGCCACGAUGAGAGUGCCCUGCUGCGGAAAUUCAAAUGCAAGGAGUGCGACAAGGCCUUCAAGUUCAAACACCACCUCAAGGAGCACGUGAGGAUCCAUUCCGGCGAGAAGCCAUUUGGGUGUGACAACUGCGGCAAGCGGUUCUCGCACUCCGGCAGCUUUUCCUCCCACAUGACCUCCAAGAAGUGCAUCAGCAUGGGUCUUAAGCUGAACAACAAUAGGGCUCUGCUGAAGAGACUGGAAAAGGGUCCAGGCGCCGGCUCCUCGGCACGCCUCUCGCCGUCGGACCAAGCCAAGGCCAAGCUCCAGGAGCAACAGACCAUGCCGGGCCUGCCCAACCCCAUGAUUUACUUUGCCAGCGAUGCCCAGAACCAGGCGGGCAACAGUGGACCCGCGUCCUUCCCGAACUUCCAUCCCACGAACUACAUGAACGCUGCCCUACUGGCUUUUCCCAAUCCCUUCAUGGCAGCUGCCCUGGAUCCUCGCAUGCAUCCCUAUAGCAUCCAGCGACUGCUGCAAUUGACGGCUGCCGGUCAGCAACAACGGGAGGAGGAACAGCAGGAGCAGGAGAUUCAGGAGGAGGAGACACCCGAUGAGCCCAAGCUGGUGAUGGAUAUCGAUGAGCCGGAGAUCAAGGAACGCGCGGCCAGCCCCCAAGUGCGUGAGGAGGUCGCUCCCAUCAAGCAGGAAGCCAGUCGCGAGGUCUCACCGGCCCCGGAAAGUAAUCCUCCGUCGCCGCAGGUCAUCAAGCAAGAACCGGAGGUCCAAACGCUAGAACCAGAGCCCCAAGUCAUGGAGGAAGAAGCCAUUCCAGCUCCAGAACAGCCUGCCGACCUGCGCUGCAGUCGCUGCUCGAAGCAGUUCAACCAUCCCACGGAACUGGUGCAGCACGAAAAGGUUCUCUGUGGCCUCAUCAAGGAGGAAAUGGAGCAGCACUUCCAGCAACAACACCAGCAGCAGCAGCAGAGCCUACAGCCCCCGGCCUUCGUCCUGCCGUCCGCCAGCGAGGAGGACGACGAGGAAGAGGAGGAGGAGGAGCCUAGAAACCAGGAGACUGGCGAACGGAAAGUCCGCGUGCGCACGGCCAUAAACGAGGAGCAGCAGCAGCAGCUGAAGCAGCACUAUUCCCUGAACUCCCGACCCAGCAGGGAUGAAUUCCGGCUGAUAGCCGCCAGGCUGCAACUGGAUCCCCGUGUGGUGCAGGUGUGGUUCCAAAACAAUCGCUCUCGAGAGCGCAAGAUGCAGAGUUUCCAAAGCAACCAGAGCGCCACUGUCCCUCCCACAAACGAGUCCCAGUCCGGUGCAUCCCGUGAAGAUCAACCUCUGGACCUGUCCGUUAAGCGGGAUCCUCUGACCCCAAAGAGCGAGAGCUCGCCAUCGUAUAUGCCGCCACAGACGGCAGAAGCUCUCAACCCGGAAGCCAUCAACUUGAGCCGGAAGUUCUCCAGCUCAGCCUCAAUGUCUCCGGCCUCGAUUUCACCCUCGUCCGCGGCAGCCUUGUACUUCGGAGCCGCACCGCCACCAUCACCGCCAAACAGCCAACUUGAGGCCACUACUCCCCGGAAUAAUCAAGCCUUCCCGGGACUACCUGCCUACAUGCUACCCAUGCAGCGACUGCCCAUGGAGGCGCUUUUCCAGAUGCGACCGGGCGGAGAGUAUGGACCAAACCAUCCCCUGAUGAACAGUAUUAAGCUGCCCGAUUACCGCGGCACCAGUCUGAGUCCGGGAGGAUCGGAGAAGCGCUCGUGGCGGGACGAUGACUCACGGAUCUCGCACGAGGACGACUUCUCCGGUGGACUUCUGCCUCCGAAACAGAGGAGAGGCAAGGCGGAGACCCAUGGACAUGCCGGCGAUCCGGACUUGCCGUACGUCUGCGACCAGUGCGACAAGGCGUUUGCCAAGCAGAGUUCCCUAGCGCGUCACAAAUACGAGCAUUCCGGUCAACGACCCUACCAGUGCAUGGACUGCCCGAAGGCCUUCAAACACAAGCACCACCUGACGGAGCACAAGCGCCUCCACAGCGGGGAGAAACCGUUCCAGUGCUCCAAGUGCCUGAAACGAUUCUCGCACUCGGGCAGCUACAGCCAGCACAUGAACCACCGCUACUCCUACUGCAAGCCCUACAGGGAAUAGGUAAGCGACACCUCAGUGCCGCCCACCUGCCCACCAGGAGCAGUUCCUCAGCCGCCUGGAGGAGGAGCACCAACCCAGCCGACGGCAUCAAAUCGCGGUCGUCGCCGAGUGCAGGCCGGGAAUACAACUUAUCCGCCGCAUUCGCAUCCACACCAUUCACAUCCGCAUCCUCUAGCUGCCAUGGCUGCCUACCAGCAACAGCAUCGUGUUCCCUGGCCAGGAGCCGGGGUGAUGCUGCCACCUCCGCCAAAUCAACAGCAACAUCGUCCGCCGGCGCCGCAUCCCCCACCUCUGCUAUCGGGAGCGGGCUUUCCGCAGACACCAGCGCAGUUUUUCCACCAUCAUGCUGGCCUCCUGCCACCGCCACCGCCGCCCUCAGCACAGGCGCCGCCCUCGUCCACGCCCGCCUUUGACUUCUUCAACGCCAAAAUGUUUCCUCCCAACUAAGCUUGUUAGUCUGUUGGCUAACAGAAGGGUCAUGUCCCGGCUAACCAUAAAAUGUUAAAUCCAAAACGGUUGCUGUCCAGGGUUAACAGUCCCAUAAACAGCUGCACUGCACUUAUAGGCUGUACUUAAAAAGAAAAUACCGAAGAACGUGAAAUCUCAAAAUGUGCAGGAACACACACUCACACUCACACCCAACACCCCAAAGGAUAUGCACUUUAGGCAGAUUACAUAAAAAAAAAAGAAAAAUAUUUUUUAUAGCCAUAUAACCUAAAAAAAAGAGCAGCGAGAAGCCGUUGAGAAAAAUUCAAAAACCUUUCGUUUGAGCGAAUUUAUUAUUUUAUCAUGUUAAAAGCAGUUUGUUUUUAGUAUUUUUUUAUAUUUUAACUUACGUCUCAUUACAUUAUCGUCUAAGUUGUAGCUGAGAGCCAAAAGUUGAUUUUAUUUUUGGCCCAGCCUCGUUUACGGAUAUAGGCUUAAUUUUUUUUAUUAGUUCCAGGAGCUGGAUCCCAGUACCAAGUGCUGCAGAAUACUCAAGAUUUGUUUAAAAUGCCACUCCUUGAUGGAAUAAAUGUAUAUUUUUUUAUAUAUAUUAUGUAUUCGUUUUUAAGUUUAGUUAUUGAGCGUUCGAGCCAGGCAGGGUUCCCGAAAGUUUCCACCCACAACCUCCGGACCAAAACCAAUCAUAGCAUGAGAAAAAAUUUAAAUUAAAAUACGAAAGCAAAAAAUACAGACAAUACCCAAACAAGAGCAGAUGAAAAAGUAUUAUAGCAGCGACACUGUAUUAGAACCACCAUAUAUGCACAUUGUAAAGUCGAAUAGCCCCCCUCAUAGUUUAUUUAAAUGGAAAACCCACCGCUUGCAGCGCGUUUCAAACUCUCUUACUUAAGGAUAAAUCCCAUAACAAAAAAAAAAAAAACAAAAAGAUUCUUCUCGAACUAAGACGCUUUAAAUUUUCCCGCCCUAACACCCUAACUCUUAACCCAAAAAUCGCGAAAAGAGAAUACCUACAAGAUCAUUCCAUUUGGCCAGAGCCGCGCCUCCCCUUAAAAGGUGCAACUCGUGCAUUUAGGCCACCGGCUGUCGACAGACGUUCGUAAAGCUAUACGCUAACCCCACUAACUCUAAAUCUAAUUCUAACUAAACUUAAACUAAAACCAAACUAAUAUUUAACAUAUAUACAUACGAAUGAAAAACUUAAUUUGGCCUUAUUAACGAUUAUUUAGCGAUUAGAUUAAUUCAAACCCCAAACGUUUGAGAUUAUUCAAAACUAGUGUGUAAAAAAAAAAGCAAAAAAAAAAUUAUAAGAAAAGAAAUCCUUUGGAAAAGUCUCGCAAAAAAUCUAUUAGCAAAAUUCCGUGUGCGUAUUAAUGUAAAAAAUCAAAAAGAAAAAGAAAAAUCCCUAUUUAACUAUCAAAGUGUUUGCCAUGACAAUAAAUUUAUGACUAUGAUAAUGCUUUCGAUUCCAAUUCUAGCCAAAAAAAACAAAAACAAAAAAUGUAAGAAAAGUCAUCUUCAAUUCUAAUCGUUUUAGUCAGUCAGAAAUUAUUAAUUAACUUAAUAACAACAAGGUUUCCAGAACAACGAACAUUUCUUUAUUGAUCUUUAACUCUUGGUCCAAGGAAUUUUCGCCAUGAUUUUCUUGCUUUUCCAAUCAUAAAUAAAAAACAAACGAAAAAAAAAAAAAAAA